UCAACCAAUCCCUAUUUCAUUGAAGAUAAAUAAAUCCUUGUUUUGCUGAGUAAAAUGUCUCAAACAGUGGCUAAGUGCUUAAUGAAUAAACAAACUCUAGCUAUGUGUGAACUGUGUCUGUUUUCUGUAUAAAAUUAACCAUCAAAUUUCAAAUGGAUCAUACGAACUUUAUCUAAAUGAAAGUAAAAUUUCAGCGGAAAAAGGAGUAUUUGUUCAAAGGAUGAAUCAACAUAAAUUCUGGAGAGGAUUAACACCAUUAAACGUUAACGCCUCACAGCCAGCUCCCGAUAAAAUCGUCAAACUUUGUUCCCUAGGCACAGAUUUCAUUGUCCUAGGAAACGACCAUGGCCUCUAUUAUUGUGACAUUGAAGAUGAUUCUUUAAGUUUCAGAAAAAUUUGCGGCAUUUCAGCCAUCGACAUAUCAUAUCAUAAUGAUAUCCUUUACAUUAUUGAUGUGUAUGGACGGCUUUACAAAACAAACUCCACUUUCAAAACUAAAGAAGAAAUUGUUGUUAAAGAAGAAGCUAAGUGUUGUCCACAUGGUUUUAAAAGUUCCAGUUUUAAGGUGAAAUUCAGAAAUGUAGUGGCCAGUGACUUUGGGCAGCUAUUCAUCAGCAGUGAUGGACAAUUGUGGGGAUCUGGUUCCAUGCCCCAAAUUUCCUUAGAGACUAGUACUAUUAAGAAAGUUCCCUUUUUUGAAGGCAGGACAGUGUACAGUGCAUCUGUGGGACAAAACUUUGCAGCAGUGAUAGCGCGAAAGAAUGUACGGCGGUCUGGAAAUUGUGAUACAGACAGUGAUAAUGAUGAUGAAGAGGUGUUUGCGUCAAAUUGCUCACAAUGCCAGACUAUAAUAGGUUUGGCUUCCCCUGCAUCUGUACCAUCUUUGUCUGAAACCUGUCCUCUUGGAGUCCAGAUUAGCAAGUCCAGUGAGGAUUCCAGCAGCACUACAGCUCCUCAGACAGAUGUCCAUGUAGAUGCUCAUAGUUUUACUGAAGAUUCUAGUCCCUCUUCUGAAGAGUCCAAAGUUACAAGAACAAAUGCUCAAAAAAAUAAUCAUUUAGACCAUGAUGGUAAGGUAGAGGAUGUUAAACCAAGUGAGGAAGAUGAUGAUGACACAGAAAAAGGAGAAGCAACCUCUCAGGCCAAUACAGAGAAACUCAACAACAUAUUCAUCAACACAGAUGCGGCUAGACAAUUCUUGAGCAGGCAGCUGUCAUGGGUGUCUGCUGGGGAAGAUUACUUAGUGGAGUAUACAGAGAAACCCACAAGAAUUAUCAAAGAAAAUGUAUCAAAUCUCACGAAUUUUGUUUAUGAAGGGGUGAAAACUGUUGGUGAUAAGGUAGCAACAUUAUCCAGACAUGUCAGUGGAAGCAGUGACAACAAUGAAGCUGUUGAACUUCAAUUGCGACAUCACAACGAAGAGAUUAACUCUCUCUUGUAUAGCUGCACCUCCAACUGCAAUUUAGAAGAUCUCCAAUUCUCAACAAGCACAAUCAGUAGUGAAAAGGAGUUUGAAGCUCUAAGAAAGAAUGAAAACCUCAAAAACAUGUCAAAACUUGGCAGAAAUAUUUUAGCAACUGAACUGUGGACCUGGGGAGACAUAUCAUAUGGGCAAUUAGGAAUUGGUGAUACAGCAAAAAGGGUAAAACCCAUGGUGGUGAUGAGUUUAUCAGGUUAUGGACUACAAAAGGUUUCUUGUGGCAAAUGGCACUGUUCAGCUCUGACUCUAGAUGGAAGACUCUUUAUGUGGGGUUACAACCACUUUCACCAAGUCACAUUUGAGAACAGAGAAGACAAAACUGGUCCAAAACAGUUCACAGAAAACUCUGACAGUGACCGUGUGAGAGACAUGAUAGCUACUGACCACCAUACUUUAGCAUACACUCACAAUGAAAACAUUUUCUACAUGGGCAAACACACAGAUGGCUACACAGAAUCAAUAGUCAACCUAAAUAACCAAACAGAAGAAGAGGAAGCCACUGUAGCUAGCAAAGAUGUGACAGUAAAAGUCAAUGAGCCCCAAAAUUUUACAAAGAAACCCCAGAACAUGUGCUAUCACUGGAGGAUAUUGUCCUCUGGAAACAUCAGCUACUGCUCUAUAGAGGAGUCAAAAAAGUGCCCAGAGUUCCAAGAUCUCUCUAUUGCUCAAAGAUAUCUAGAAGAAAUGCUUUUGAUAUAUCAUUCACUUAUUAAACCUUUUCUAAAGAAAAGUAAAGUUAUUACUACACAUUCCAAUAUUUAUGAAGUGGUUUGUGAUAUUUUUGGUGACAUAUUGAACAUUACUGCUCUGAAUGUACUCUCGAUGUGGCAGUACGCGGAGAAGCACAUAAUCGAAUGUGAUAUUUCUUUAAUAAAGAAUUUAGAAGAAUAUAUUUAUUUGUACAAAAAGUAUUACGUAGCUGUAAGCAAUUUGAUUGUUAUUGGCGGUUUUACUCAAAUUAAUAAUGUUGUUGACGUCCUAACGAGUGUUUACAAUUUGUUCAGCGACCAACUACCAUCGAACAAACAGAAAAACAAUAAGAAGACUUUGGAAGCCAUAGUGGCCCUGGCGUUUGUGCAACCACUAACGAGAUUAAGCUCUUAUAAAUGCAUUGCGCAAUCUAUUUUACGAUACAAGACAAAGAGGAAAAAGGUCGAUGCAAGGGCGGUUAUGGAGGAAAGGAUGAACAAGGUCAUAUCGUCAUUAGACUCGUUGAUUGACGAGCAGGAGAAGAAACGGAAAGAGGCGGAUGUAACGAAAUUGUUUUGGGAAACUGUUGGUAAAAGCUUGGAGCAAUAUCGGACCCCGGAACGGCGGCUGAUUAGGGAGUCAAAGUCGAGGCAGCUUAAUUUGGUGAACCCGGGGCGGUUCAGUUCGCACUGGUUCGUGUUGUUUAACGACUUAUUCAUCCACGUCACUGGCAGCACGCCCGUUGUUCAUCCAUUAGAUACAUUGUGGAUAGAGCCUGUACCAAACACGGACUCGUUGCAAAAUGUCAUACAACUGACGACUCCUGAGGAGAUUCUGUGCGUUACAACAAGCACAGAGCAAGAGAAAACCGAAUGGAUACACGCACUGAACACGGCUGUUAGGACGGUAUUAAACAAAGAGGCUAGUUUCAAACCACCGGCAGUAAGGACCGCGAGUUAUUCGUUUUCUUCGAACAACAAAGCUGCGUUCUACAAGGAUGCGAAGUACCAAGGCAGAUGGUUGGAUGGAAAGGUACACGGACAUGGGAAAGUGGAGUGGCCUGACGGGAAGUUAUAUGUAGGACAGUUCCAACUGAACACACUGUGUGGCCACGGAAAGAUGGAAAUCCCCAGCGUUGGCACCCACGAGGGGCAAUGGAAGGACAACUUGCAGAACGGUUACGGCGUAAUGAAGUACACAAAUGGGGACAUAUAUGAGGGUUACUUCAAAGACGGCCAGCCACAUGGCCAUGGGAUCAAGAAGCAAGGAGACUUUACAUCUUCCUCGGCAACCAUAUACACUGGAGAGUGGGUGAACGGCGUCAGGCAAGGAUAUGGAGUGAUGGAUGAUAUUGGGAAGGGAGAGAAGUAUUUGGGCAAUUGGAGUGACAAUAAAAAGCAUGGAUGCGGCCUCAUUGUGACCCUUGAUGGCAUUUAUUACGAGGGAUUGUUCAUGCAGGAUGUCUUGACGGGUCACGGCGUAAUGGUGUUCGAAGACGGUACUCACUACGAAGGAGAAUUCCGAUCAGCGGGUGUCUUCUCCGGCAAGGGAGUGCUGACCUUCUCCAGUGGAGAUAAGAUCGAGGGGUCACUCAGUGGAGCGUGGACUGAGGGCGUCAAGAUAUCCAGUGCCACCAUGCACCUGAAUGUGUCCAAUCCUGCGCUGCCGGCGAAUUCUAAACCUAAUUCAUUCGGAAAACUAAGCGUAGCACCAAACCAGAAAUGGAACGCGCUUUUCCGCCAAUGCUUCCAAUGUCUCGGCGUUUCGGAGACAAUAUUGACUCCUACUGGCAACCAUUUUGCUAACGGCCCCAACCCGACCAUAGACAAUGCAAAGAUAUGGCAGAAUGUCGCCGUGGCCAUCUCCUGCUCGCAUAAAGAGAAACAUAAGACGAUGAAGAAGAUUGGGCUGGAUUUAGAGAAGUCCGUGGAUUGUUUGGAAGUCAUACCGCAGUUUGGACAGAAGAAUCUGAAUCUUGAUGACUACACUGAAAUGCGGUUGUAUUUGCAAAAUGCAUGCGAGUCGACGUACCACCCGCUCGGCCAGCUCGUCCUCGGCCUUACGAACGCGUUCAACACCACAUACGGCGGCGUAAGAGUACACCCGCUUCUGCUCAGCCACGCGGUCAAGGAACUCAAGAGUAUCACCUCCAGGUUGUACCAGGUAGUACGAUUACUCUUCCCCGCUCUUCCGCCAGAGGGGUCCGACUUGGUGUUGCCAUAUAAAACUAACUGCGGUAGCGAAAAGGAACACGACGAUAAUAAUCCUAUUGAAGGCGAGGUAGUGUCGGCAGCGUCUCUGCUGCAGCCCACCCUGCUGCCGCGCGUGCACCCGGCGUUGUUCGUGCUGUACGCGCUGCACAACAAGCGGGAAGACGAUCUCUACUGGCGGCGGCUGCUCAAGUGGAACCGCCAGCCUGACGUCACUCUCAUGGCGUUCCUAGGCAUUGACCAAAAGUUCUGGGUAGGCUACACGUCGACGGCGCAGCGGUCUCCGACGUCUCCAGUGCGGGAGCAGCUGUUCCAAGAGGCGGUGGAGACCCUGCAGCAACUGAAGACCACAUUUUCCCCCAUUGAGAAGCUGCUGGUCAUACGCAGCACAUUCCAGAAGAUGACUGUUGCCGUGCAGCAGGAGUUAGGUUCCAACUACCUGUGGAGCAUGGACGAGUUGUUCCCGGUGUUCCACUUCGUGGUGGUGCGCGCGCGCAUCCUGCAGCUGGGCUCCGAGAUACACUUCGUGGAGGACUUCCUCGAGCCCGCCAUGCAGCACGGAGAGCUGGGGCUUAUGUUUACUACACUUAAGGCGUGCUACUUCCAAAUUCUACAAGAGAAGAUGACAAUGAACUAAAUCGACGACAACGGCGACAUAAUAAUCAAACAAUUUCGCAAUACGUAAUGGUGCGUUUUUCUUUAUUUAGGUGUAGCUUGCGCAAUCAUUUAGCCAUUAUUAGGUGUUCAUUAUUGUAGGGAUGUUUUUUGUAGGGUCACCAGCAUGCCUAGCACGCUAACGGCGCGAGUAGAGCGAAUAAAUGUCAGAGCGCGAGUUGUCAAAUUUGACAGACGAGUUAAGGCAUGGUAUAAGAACACCAGCGGGCUUAGCACCGUACGCU